CACAAAUUGCACACAUUAUAACACAUGAGGACAGUCACACCAAUUGUCCAUGUACUCAAAAAUACAUUCAUGUAUCCCCUGUAUUAUCUUGAAAAUUCGGGUUAACAAAAGUUCUUUCAUCCUUCAUUUCCUCUCCAUUAAAAACUAUGAAUCUUACCAAUCAAACUAGCUUCUUCUCCGGGGAAGUCGCCGGAAAUAUAGGUUCUGGGAGUAUCUUUCUUUUACCAGAGAUCCAACUCCUUGAACUUUUUGUUGCCAUCGUGUUUUUCGUAGCUAUACAUUCUCUUAGGCAACGGAGACGCCAUGGCUUGGCUGUUUGGCCAUUUGUUGGUAUGUUACCUUCUUUGUUGAUUGCUGUACACAUACACACUGAUAUCUACGAAUGGCUUACUGAUGUGAUUCGUCAGCAACGCGGUACGUUUACGUUUAGGGGACCUUGGUUUACUAGUCUCAAUUCUGUGAUCACAGCCGAUCCUCGAAAUUUAGAACACCUUCUUAAGACAAAAUUUACAAAUUUUCCAAAAGGUGAGUUCUUUCGCAAUAAUGUAUGCGAUCUUCUUGGAGAUGGGAUAUUCAGUGCGGAUAAUGAGACUUGGCGUAGCCAAAGGAAGACUGCAAGUAUUGAGUUCCACUCAUCCGGGUUCCGGAAGUUAACUACUGAAUCAUUGAACGAACUUGUUCAUGCUCGACUUUUACCUGUCUUGGAUGAAUUAGUCAAGAAUUCUGCCUCGGUUGAUUUACAAGAUGUUCUUUUAAGACUAACUUUUGAUAAUGUCUGUAUGCUAGCAUUUGGUGUUGAUCCUGGUUGUCUUGGGUUAGGCUUGCCAGAAAUCCCAUUCGCCCGGGCCUUUGAAGAUGCAACAGAAAUGACAGUUUUACGUUUCAUUAUGCCAUCCUUUGUAUGGAAAAUCAUGAGAUAUCUGAAUAUUGGUUCUGAAAGGAAACUUAAGGAGUCAAUAUGUGAAGUAGAUAAAUUUGCAGAUAAAGUAAUUCGUACAAGGAACAAGGAACUUUCAUUGUUGGAUCAAUCUACCGACAAGCCGAGGUCAGAUCUUUUAACGGCGUUCAUGAGACUAAAAGACGACGAUGGAAAGCCAUUUUCGCAGAAAUUCUUGAGAGAUAUCUGUGUCAACUUCAUUCUUGCUGGAAGAGAUACAUCAUCAGUUGCAUUAAGCUGGUUUUUCUGGUUGGUUAGUAAGAACCCAAAUGUUGAGAAACAAAUUCUUGAAGAAAUUUAUGGUAUUAUUGGGGAACGACAGAACUUCGAAGUGACGGAGAAUGAAAGUACUAUUGUGUUCAGGCCCGAGGAAGUGAAGAAAAUGGAGUACUUGCAAGCUGCGCUUUCAGAGGCUCUAAGGCUGUAUCCAUCUGUUCCUUUAGACCACAAGGAGGCAGUUGAAGAUGAAGUGUUUCCUGAUGGAACAAUUCUGAAAAAGGGAACCAAAGUAAUAUAUGCAAUUUACACAAUGGGAAGAAUGGAAAGUAUAUGGGGAAAAGAUUGUCGAGAAUAUAAGCCAGAGAGAUGGUUAAGAGAUGGACGUUUUAUGAGUGAAUCCGCAUAUAAGUUCACUGCAUUUAACGGCGGUCCAAGGCUUUGUUUAGGAAAAGAUUUCGCCUACUAUCAGAUGAAGUUUGUUGCAGCAUCAAUUAUUUAUCAUUAUCGAGUAAAUGUGGAGAAGAAUCACUUGGUGACCCCUAAGUUGGCACUGACUAUGUACAUGAAACAUGGUUUGAAGGUGACCCUUAACAAGAGAGAGGAUAUCAUGCAUCCAUCUGGCAAACCAUGCAAUAAAGUUCAAUCUUAAUUAGCGAAUCGAGCUUAGCUGUUUCGAUUUUGGAACUGAUUAAGAAGUAUAUAAGAUUAUGUUUUAGUGUUGUUAUUACAAGUAUCUAAGAAUGUUUGUAUAUGAUAAUAAUUUGAAAGUUGGUGUUGUAAUAGCAAUUUCGGUUCCUGCGUGUAGUAACAGUUUGAAACGGUGUUGGGGUUUAUGUAUACAAAAAUGGGGGUUCAAUCAUGCAAGUUUCACUUGUAAAGUUGUCAGGUAGUUAUUAC